UAAACUAUUUAAUAAUAUAAUUGUUUGUAUUUCAAUAAUACAAUUUGUUUGGGUCAGGUAGGAUACCCACUUUCUCUGUUUCCCAUCUUGUCACUUUUCUCUUUCUAACUGGACCGCUACGCAGAGCUUCGCUUUGGAAACGCAGGCAGUGGAAGAGCUUAGCAUCAGAUGGAAUUAGCAGACAGAGCAGUUGGGUUGCUAUUAACUCUUACAAGUCUUUCUAUAUUCACUUAUUAUACAUUUUGGGUCAUCAUCCUGCCAUUUGUAGACAGUGAUCACUUCAUCCAACAAUAUUUCCUACCCCAAGAAUAUGCUAUAUUAAUACCUGUAUUUGCGGGUGUGGUGCUUCUCUGCUUCUUAUGCAUAUUUAUUGGAUCUGUGAUGCUCAAAUCCAAAAAAAAGAAAGCUUGAUGCAAUUAAUUUUUGCCAAUUUGAUUUCUUGACAAUGAACUGAAAUUAUAAAUUUUGAUGUGAGCUACAAUGUAUCGUCUGAAGCAGUUUCUUUGCUGUAUUA